AUGGCGUCGGCAGGCGUGGAGAUCCUGGGCAUGGUGCUGGCGGUGGCCGGCUGGCUGGGCGUGAUGGUGGCGUGCUGCUUGCCCAUGUGGCGCGUGGUGGCCUACCUGGGCCAGAACAUCGUCAUGGCGCACAUCAUCUGGGAGGGGCUUUGGAUGAGCUGCUCUGUGCAGAGCACGGGCCAGAUGCACUGCCGCAUCUACGACUCCAUGCUGGGCUUGCCACACGACCUGCAGGCCGCCCGCGCGCUGGUCGUCACCGCACUCAUGACCGGGGUGGUCGGCAUAUCACUGGCAGUCGCCGGAGCCAAGUGUACCAACUGCACGAGUGCAGCGGAGAGUAAGCCUCGGCUGGCGCUGGGCUCGGGGGUGGCAUUCGUGGUAUCGGGGCUGCUGGUUCUGGUGGCCGUGUGCUGGACCGCCAACGUCAUCGUACUGGACUUCCACAACCCUCUCCUGGAGGAGACGCAGAAGAGGGAGUUCGGGAACUCGCUGUACUUCGGCUGGGCUGCCUCCUGUCUGCUGCUGCUUGGGGGAGCGCUGCUGUCUUGUUCCUGCUCCUGCAGAGGAGGGGAUAGAGGAGGAGGUGAGUGUCCCCCUAUCAUGGCUGCAUUUGGGCUGGAGGUGUUGGGGGUGUCGCUGGGCACGCUGGGUUGGCUUCUGGCCAUCGUGUCCUGUGCGCUCCCCAUGUGGCGCGUCUCAGCAUUCAUUGGAGUCAACAUCGUCACGGCCCAGACCAUCUGGGAGGGGAUAUGGAUGAGCUGCGUAGUCCAGAGCACAGGACAGAUGCAAUGCAAGGUGUAUGACUCCAUGUUGGCGCUGCCACAAGACCUGCAGGCCGCUAGGGCACUAUGUGUCAUCUCCAUUGUGCUGGGGCUGCUGGCGCUGCUGGUGUCCAUUGUGGGUGCCAAGUGCACCAACUGCAUCGAGGAGGCGGCGGCCAAGGCCCGUGUGAUGGUGGCAGCGGGGGUGGCGUUCCUCUGUGCCGCGCUCUGCCAGCUGAUCCCCGUCUCCUGGACAGCCCACAGCGUCAUCUCGGAUUUCUACAACCCGGUGAUCUACGAGCAGCAGAAGCGCGAGAUGGGCGCGGCGCUGUACCUGGGCUGGGGGGCGGCGGCCAUGUUGCUGGUCGGGGGAGCCAUACUGUGCUGCUCCUGCCCUCCCCAAGAUGGCGGCCACGACAAGAAGUACCUGCCGCCAGCCAGGAGCAUGAUGUACUCUGCUCCCGCCAGGUCUGUGGCACACAGCACGCACGAGCGGCGGGAUUAUGUGUGAUCAUGGAGGACAGAGGGGGUGAGAGAGGGAGGGGAAGAGGAAGAGAGAGAGAAGAAGGGGGAGAGAGACUACGUUUGAUCACGGUGGAAGAAGAGAGGGAGAAAGGGAGAUACAGAGAGAGGGGAGAGGGAUGGAGAAAGAGAAAGAGAGCGAAAGGCGGAGGAAUCACAGUAUAAAUAAGAGAAAAAAGUCUGACCGUCAAGGACUUUGGACUACGGAAAUGAGAAAAAGACCAUGAAGAUAUUGUGUUAGGUGUGCUCCUGCUUCUCGAAGGAGAGGGACAGAGCAUGUCUGUCCUCUGAAGAAUCAUGUACAUAUGUUCUUGCCAAAUAGACCCACGUCAAUCACUCCUGCUCUUAACUGUCAGUAGUUUAGUUUGUUUUUGUACCGACAAGUCAGACCCUUUAAUUUCAAGCAAUUCCUUUUUUUUAAUCUCAAGCCAUACCAUUGUAUAUUUUUUAAAUGCUUUUGGGAGCUGCAGAUAAUGUAUUUAUUGUUGUAUUUGCUAUGAUUUCGUCCGUAAUGUCAUAACUUUGAAGUUUUUAAUGCACUGUGUAAAGUAAAAACCUUCUGAGGGUUUAUGCUGACACUAUGACCUUUUUGACGCUGUCAGUUUGACCCUUUUGAGUGUGUAUGCUGUCGUAAAGUACAGUUCAACCAUUUGAGUGUGUAUGCUGGUGUACCAUGCAGUUCAACCAUUUUGAGUGUUUAUGCAAGUGUGAGUUAGGACCUCUUUUGCGAGUGUGUAUGUUGCGACAUAGUUGUAAUGUCUUUGACCCAUCUCAUGGAAUUUCACACACUUUGCAGAGUGUGUGUGUGUGUGUGUGUGUGUGUGUGUGUGUGUGUGUGUGUGUGUGUGUGUGUGUGUGUGUGUGUGUGUGUGUGUGUGUGUGUGUGUGUGUGUGCAUGCUUGCGUGUGUGUGUGUGAGAGAGAGAAUGUGUCCGUGUGUGUGUGUGUGUAGCACAUUUAAACAUGCUGACGCUGUGUGAGUAUUGUAGUCUUUGACCUGUGUGAAACUGCAUGUUCUAAAUUUGGCUGAAAAAAAUUCAUUUGUACAAAAAAUAAACUCC